AUGGCACACUUGGAAGCACGCAAGCAUAUUUCUCCGGACUCGGGCUUUCCUAUCACACUCCACCCAGUAUUUAACCCAAAGAUCAAGGCGCACACGCCCCCAGAGCCCAUACGAGAAGAGGUCACUCCGGCCAAAGACAGGGCCUUCUUUGCUGAUCCCGAUAAGGACGCACUGUUCUCAGUAGCGAAGCGUGUCGACCUGACCGAGUCCAUUGGCACCGUUCUUGAGAAUGUGCAACUCUCCCAACUGAAUCCCCAACAACUCGACGAGCUCGCCCUUCUGGUCAACGAACGCGGUGUCGUCUUCUUCCGGGAUCAAGAUCUUACGACAGAUCAACAGGUGAAACUGUUCGAACACUACGGUGUUCUUGACAAGCAUCCUGCCCAGAAGGAUCAACGACACGUCAUCAUCAAAGGCAGCCGAGAAGACCAUCGCGAGAUCCUCUCUUACACUCCUUGGCCAUCCGGCGACUUCCACGCCGACACUUCUUUCGAGGUCAAUCCGCCUUCAUACUCUCUCCUGCGGAUGGAAGAGCAUCCCGCUGUCGGUGGAGAUACUGCCUGGGUAUCACAAUACGGCUUGUACGAUGCACUGAGCAAAGCACUCAGAGGGUUCCUCGACAGCCUUCAUGCGGUGCACACCUCCAGACUGCAGUAUGACACCAUCCUUGAUCUGUGGGGUGUAGGACCGAAUCGGCCGCCGAUCGACACUCAUCAUCCAGCCGUCAGGACACAUCCUGUGACCGGGCUCAAGGCAUUGAAUGUGAACCCAGGCUUCGUAACCGGCUUUGCUGAAUUAUUGAAGAAGGAGUCAGACAAGUUGCUUGAGCUCUUAGAAUACCAUAUCCAUUCUGCAGAUGAUCACUACGUGCGUUGGAAGUGGGCGGUAGGUAGUGUCGCCAUGUGGGACAACCGCUGCACUUUGCAUCGUGUCAUCCCUGGGACAUACGAGGGGAACAGAAAGGGCAUUCGGACCACCGUGUUUGGCGAAAAGCCAUACCUGGACCCAAAAAGUGAGAGUCGCAAUGAGCGGGCACAACGGCUCAAGGCAGCCGCUGCCAACGGCUGUUCCGACAACGGAGAGAUCAGGACAAAUGGCUCGGCUGAUGUCCCAGCUUAG